AAUCCGCAUUCUGAGUACCAAUCGAUUUCAACUUUCUUUUCCUUCUGACAAUUAUAAGUAUUUCCACAAUGGUGUUCUUACUAUAACUACCAUUGCCUCUUCGAUCAACUCCUCAUAGCAUAUCUGCUAGUACCCUAUUAAGCCAUUGCCAUCCUCUAUUCCUUAUAUCUCUUCUAUUAGUUUUAACAAAUGUUUAACCCUUUUGAAUCUUGCGUAAGGCUUUUGAGCAAGCAGGCCAGAAAAGUUUUCCUAAAGCUCAAAGUCUUGAGCCUAGAAAAGGGAGGCAAGCAAAGAAAGCCCAAGGUUUUACUUGCUGGUUUUGAUUGCAGUUCAUCUUCAGUUUCUUCCAUGGAAGUUUCUAGUCAGAUGAAGCAAGUGUUCAAGCUCAUUGACACUGACGGAGACGGGAAAAUAUCAUCACUUGAGCUCAGUGAAAUGUUAUUGUCUUUGGGGCAGAAAAAGUCGGCAGCAAAGAAAGAAGCUGAUGGGAUGGUGAGGGAGUUGGAUCGAAAUGGUGAUGGAUACAUCGACCUUGAGGAAUUCAUGGAUGCUCUUGGAGUGAAUACGGUCCAAUUCAGUGACAAGGAAGAUGAGUUAAUGGAUGCAUUUAACAUAUUUGAUUCUGACAAAAAUGGAUUCAUAUCAGCUCAGGAGCUGCAGAACAUACUGGCAGGUCUUGGCUAUGAAAAGUGUAGUCUCAGUGAAUGCUUCCUCAUGAUCAAAGGAGUUGACAAAGAUGGAGAUGGACUUAUAAAUUUUGAAGAGUUCAAAUUCAUGAUGACAGUAUUCCCUGCUUGA